AUGCAUCUAGCAACACACAUCAACAACAACACCACCGCAGAGAAAGAGUCUAUGCUCAACUCCGUCAAGAACACCAUGUCUAAGACACUGCACAAUGCCAAGAUCACUCCGCACCGCUCUGGUGCCCGAGGACACGGCGACCACGGCUGGCUAAACACCUACCACAGCUUCAGCUUUGCCGACUGGUACAAUCCCAAAUUCAACUCCUAUGGCUCCCUGCGUGUCCUCAAUGAGGAUCGCGUAAAGUCGAACUCUGGCUUCCCUACACACCCGCACCGAGACUUCGAGAUCUUCAGCUACAUCCUGUCCGGCGAGCUGACCCACCGAGACAGCAUGCUGCGGAAGGGUGCCGAGGGUGGGCAGUCUGAUCGCUUCUACAGGAUGCAUAGGGGGGAUGUCCAAUUUACAACGGGUGGCACGGGCAUAGCGCACUCCGAGUUCAACGAGCACAACAGUGACACAGUCCACUUCCUCCAGAUCUGGGCCAUCCCAUGGAAGCGCGGCCUGACUCCAAGAUAUCACACACGGCACUUCGAUGAGGAGGAUAAGCGCAAGGGCUUCGUGCACAUCCUCAGCCCCCUCAAGGCCGGCGAGGACGCCUCCGCCGCCGAGGAGAAGGAGGCCGAGCCCACCCUCCCGGGCACGAUCCCCAUCCACGCCGACUUCGUCAUGAGCGCGGCCAUCAUCCCUCCCGAGGCCAAGUUCGAGUACAAGAUCGGCGCGGACGCGGUCAAGGCCAACAAGCGCAAGGUGUACGUGCACGUCCCGAUGACCAAGGGCGGCAACGCCAAGAUCAGGCUCGACGGGCGGGAGGACGCCGUGCUGUCGGAGGGCGACGGCGCCUUUGUCGAUAGCGUCAACGUCGGCGACAAGCUGUCGUUUGAGAGCGUUGGUAGCGCCGAGGCGGAGGUCGUUGUCUUAGACACUGCGUGA